AUGUAUCCCGGUGCAGGACGUCCUACGUACCACAAGCAGCAGGAGCAGAAGGGCCCUUAUGGGCAGCCACAGUACCAGCAGCAGUAUGCACCUCCAUACCCAGAGCGCUACCAGCAGCCCUAUUACCAGCCGCCACCGCACGAUGGCUACUCGCGGCCGAGCAUGCCACCUCCCAGCCAUAAUUACGCCGCGGCGCAGUAUGAGCGUCCAUCUUGCCCUCCACCGGGGUAUGCACCCCACCAGGGGGGCUUUCCAGCCCCCGGACCUCCGCUGCAGGGACGGCCACGGGAUCUGAUGCGGAGUGACAUCCAGAUGAAUCAUUCCAUGGACUACUCGAACAUACAAGGCCCGGCGUCAUACACGCGCCCUGAGUUCGUAGCUCCGCCGCCACAGGAAAGGCAAUUCCUAGAUCCGGGCAACAGAAGCGUCGAGUACCAGUAUUCCCAAUGUACGGGCAACCGCAAGGCGCUAUUGAUAGGGAUCAACUACUUCAAUAGCAGUGCUGAGUUGCGUGGCUGUAUCAACGAUGUGCAGAACAUCAAAAACUUCUUGAUCUCUCGCUAUGGCUAUAGGGAGGAGAAUAUGGUGAUCCUGACUGAUGAUCAGCAUGAUCCCGUCCGCAUACCUACAAAAGCAAACAUUCUGCGGGCUAUGCAUUGGUUGGUGCAGGGUGCCCAACCGAACGAUUCGCUGUUUCUACACUAUUCCGGACAUGGCGGGGAGACUGAGGACCUCGAUGGGGAUGAGCAGGACGGCAAAGACAGCACACUUUACCCCGUCGACUUUGAGACGAAUGGCCACAUUGUAGAUGAUGAAAUCCAUGAUAUACUUGUGAAGCCUCUGGCUCCUGGUGUGCGUCUAACCGCCCUGAUUGACGCAUGCCAUUCCGGUUCCGCCCUGGACUUGCCAUAUAUGUACUCGACCAAGGGAAUAAUCAAGGAGCCGAACGUUUGGAAGGACAUUGGGAGCAACAGCAUGCAGGCAGCCAUGGCGUAUGUUACGGGCAAUACUGGUGAUAUGUUCACGUCUUUGAAGAGUCUUGCCUCGACAGUCAGCAGAAAGGCCACUGGUUCUGGUGGCGUGGAUACUGAGCGCGUCAGGCAGACGAAGUUUUCGCCUGCAGACGUGAUAAUGUUCAGUGGGUCGAAGGACAACCAGACGUCUGCUGACGCCGUUGAGAAUGGCGUGGCGACUGGUGCCAUGUCCUACUCUUUUGUCAAGGUGAUGUCGCAACAACCUCAACAAACGUAUUUGAGUUUGCUGCAGAACAUGCGCACAGAACUCAAGGGAAAGUACACUCAAAAACCACAGUUAUCAUGUUCUCAUCCACUGGAUGUCAACCUACAGUUUGUUUUAUGA